ACCUCCGUCCGUCGCUCACUGACAUGUCCCCAUCAACCGAAAACCCCCAACGACCACACCGUCCCGUCCCCAGCCCCACGGACGAACGGACGGACACGUCGUCCCCUUGCUGCCUGCCCGUACGUGCUCUCGCUCCGGUCGACAGAUCACUACACUACACGAGCCCAGCAGUGCAGUGCAUGCAGCAGCGGCGCACUGGUGGAGUGGUGGUGGCGACUGACUGACAGCCACUGCAGCGUGCGCCUUUACUGUGCGGUAAAGCUGUUGAAAGCCGAGGAGGAGUGAGCCGGAGGUGGAGAAAAAGGCCCGGGCAGAGGGCGACAGAGCGUGACAAGAAGAACUCCCCUCCGUCUCGCCGCUGCCCGCCUUGCCACUUCUGCUCUGCUCGCACCGCUCGCGGCGACCAGUCCACCUCCACCGGACAAAGCCAUGCCUCGUCCCAGCGGCAGCAGCACCACGCUGCUGCUGCUGCUGCUCGCCGUCCUGCUCGUGCGCGGCGCCAAUGCCGGUUCGCUGGAGGGCGACGCCGCGGCGCUCGCCGACUUCCGGCUCGCCGCGGACCGCUCCGGCGCGCUGGCCACCUGGAACGCGUCCGCCAGCCCGUCCCCGUGCGGCUGGCGCGGGGUGACGUGCGCGGGCGGGCGCGUGACGCGGCUGGUGCUCGAGGGGCUCGGCCUGUCCGGCGCGGACGCGCUCCCGGCGCUGGCCCGGCUCGACGGCCUCCGCGUGCUCAGCCUCAAGGGGAACCACCUCUCCGGCGCCGUCCCGGACCUCUCGCCGGUCCAAGGGCUCAAGCUGCUCUUCCUCUCCCGCAACGCGCUCUCCGGCGCCAUCCCGCCGUCGCUGGGCAAGCUCUACCGCCUCUACCGGCUCGACCUCUCCUCCAACAACCUGUCCGGCGUCGUGCCGCCCGAGCUGGCCCGGCUCGACCGGCUGCUCACGCUCAGGCUCGACUCCAACCGCCUCACCGGCGGGGUCGAUGGCAUUGCGCUGCCGAGGCUGCAGGAUCUCAACGUGUCCCACAAUCUCUUGGCGGGGAGGAUUCCGGUGGCGAUGGCGGGGUUCCCGGCCGAGGCCUUCGGCGGGAACGCCGGCCUGUGCGGCGCGCCCCUGCCGCCGUGCAAGGAGGAGGUGCAGAACGCGUCCCCGUGCCCUCCGGCUGCGGCCAUGGCGGCGUCGUCUCCCUCGUCGAAGCCGCCGGACGGCAAGGGGAAGAUGAGCCGCGGGGUCGUGGCCGCAAUUGUGGCCGCGGACUUCGCCGUGGUCGGGCUCGUCGCCGGCCUGCUGUUCUGCUACUUCUGGCCGCGCCUCUCCGGGCGCCGGAGCGACAGGCGCCACCGCGAGGGGGAGAAGAUCGUCUACUCCUCGAGCCCGUACGGCGCGGCGGGAGUGGUCGCGGCGGCCGGUGGCACGUACGAGCGAGGGAAGAUGGUGUUUCUGGAGGACGCCGGCGGGAGGCGGUUCGAGCUGGAGGAGCUGCUGCGCGCGUCCGCGGAGAUGCUCGGCAAGGGCGGCUGCGGCACGGCGUACAAGGCGGUGCUCGACGAUGGCAGCGUCGUGGCCGUGAAGCGGCUGCGCGACGCGGUGCCCGCGGCGGCGUCGACCAAGAAGGACUUCGAGCACCACAUGGCCGUCCUCGGCCGCCUCCGCCACCCCAACAUCGUGCCGCUCAACGCCUACUACUACGCCCGCGACGAGAAGCUGCUCGUCUACGAGUUCAUGCGCAACGGCAGCCUCUUCUCCCUCCUCCACGGUAACCGAGGGCCGGGCCGGACGCCGCUGGACUGGGCGGCGCGCAUGCGCAUCGCGGCUGGCGCCGCGCGCGGCCUCGCCUACAUCCACCACGCGAGCCGGCGCGGCGGGCUGACGCCCAAGCUGGCGCACGGCAACAUCAAGAGCACCAACAUCCUGCUCGACAGGUCGGGCGAGGCGCGCCUCGCUGACUGCGGGCUGGCGCAGCUGGGCACGUCGUCGCCGGCGGCGAGCUCGGCGGGGUACCGCGCGCCUGAGGCGCCCGCGCCGGCGUCCCGGCCGUGGGCGUCGCAGAAGGGCGACGUGUACGCGCUCGGGGUGGUGCUGCUGGAGCUGCUGACGGGGCGGUGCCCGGGCAGCGAGCUGCCCAACGGCGGCGUGGUGGCGGAGCUGCCGCGGUGGGUGCAGUCGGUGGUGCGGGAGGAGUGGACGUCGGAGGUGUUCGACCUGGAGCUGAUGAAGGACAAGGGCAUCGAGGAGGAGAUGGUGGCGAUGCUGCAGCUGGCCCUAAGCUGCGCGGCGAGCGCGCCGGACCAGCGGCCCAAGGUCGGGUACGUGGUGCGGAUGAUCGACGAGGUCCGCGCGUGCGGGGACCCGCAGGCGUCGUCGCCGUCGCACGGGUCGUCCAUGGACGAGUCCUCCGGCGUCUCCGACUCGCCCGCCGUCUCGGAAGGCGGCGCCGCCAGCCAGUGAUCGGAGAGAGCUUUGUUCGGUACAGUACUUGGGGCUUUGAUUGAGUUGUGAUUUGUGCUUUGGUUAACUGUUUUUUUGUCUUCGUCUGGGGGACGAUUGGUGUGGUCCGUUGGAUCUUAUCUGAUCUGGUGAUGGUGUUGUACAUGAUGAUGAUGAUUGAUCUGAUUAGAAUAGCCGUACUGGGAGGUUGGAUUA